AUGGGUUUCCCUCAAAGAUUUCGAUCGUGGGUGAUGAGCUGCAUUACUACUCCAAGGUUUGCUAUUCUGGUGAAUGGAACACUUAAGGAAGGGAUAACAGCUGGUUGUGGGUUUCGGCAGGGGUGCCCGCUCUCACCAUAUUUAUUCAUUCUUUGCUCGGAGCUGCUUUCUCUCCAUUUUUGCCAAAACUACCCGGAGUUAGGCGUCCAAAUCAGGGUGGGAGGACCGGCUGUCUCCCACCUCCUUUAUGCUGACGACGUUUUAUGUUUUGCAGGUGCUACCAUCCCUAAUGUUCGGAAGCUCUUGAAGAUCUUGGAUGAUUACUGCGGCUGGACAGGGCAGAGAAUUAACAAAAAUAAAUCUGCCAUUCUUUUUAGCAAAAAGGUCACGACUUCCACUAGAAGCCGGCUAGCUAGGAUUGCCGGGUGUCGUAAGUUAUCGCUGGCGGGUAGGAUUACAAUCUGUGUUGAUUCUGCUAUUGAUGUUUGUAAUGACGCACAUGAUGAUUCCUCGGGUGUUCUUGCUGAUGCAGAAAGGCCGUGUCGGAGCUUCCUCUGGGACAAGGAUCAGAAUUGCAAAAGUGUACAUUAUGCGGCGUGGGGCAGCCUCACCCGACCGAGAUGCCUGGGUGGUCUCAGCUUUCAUGCCAGCAGCAGCUGGAUGGGGCCACUCCGUGCAAGAAUUGCGUGGGAUUUCAUUAACAAGCACCAAAAUCUUUUCCAAAGGUGUAUGAGGCACAAGUAUGGGGCUUGGCCAUGGAGGGUGGAGCAGAGAAGAGGAGAAUCGAAUGGGUGGAAAAUUAUUUGCAAUGGGGCCGAAAGUUUGGUUGGUUCUCUCAGGUGGAAGGUCUGCAACGGAGAGGAUAUUGACAUGAUCAAUCAUGUGUGGAUCCAAGACUAUGCCAUUUGCUCGUGGCCGACCUUCUGCAAUAUCGAGCUUGCUGAGGGUAGCCGAGUGGAAGAGUUCAUUAUGACGGAUGGAGAAUGGGACCGGGACAGGCUGCGGCUUUUUUUUGGGGAGAGCCUCGCUGAACUGAUUUGUGAGGUGAAAAUUUGGUCGGAGCUUCAUGCCGACACUCUUGAAUUAACUAAGAGCACGUUGGGUACUUCUUUAUCGGCCAUCUGCUACAAUGCGGAGUUUACAGGGGAGGAGGACCAGGUCUGUAUCAUUCUUGAUAUGCAUUUGCGACCCCGUGAGAGAGUCUUAUGGUGGAGGAUCUUCAAGGACAUUAUCCCUACUCUCACUUGGCUCAACCGCCGGGGCCUUGGGGCUGGGCUCAGCUGUCCGUUGGGUUGUAAUCAGCACGAGAAUCUCUUCCAUGUUACAACGCAAUGUCUCUGCGGAAAUAGGAACGCUACUCACCAUGGCAAGAAGGUGAACUCCAUCACUGGGCUGGCUGCUAUGGUUCUCGGUUCCACUAGCCAUGGUGUUUUUUCGAAUAGUUUGGAGCAACGGUUCACCCUUCAAUCCCUUGGAUUGUUUCAGAACGCAUCUUGGUGUCCCCCCCCUUCAGGCUGGUUAAAAAUCAACGUGGAUG